AUGAGUUUUCUGCAAACUCUUAUCAGUACGAUAAAUAAAAAACAUGAAGAUAAACGCAAGAAAACAUAUGGAGGACAAUUAAAACUGAUAAAAAGUAGAAAAAGUCACCAAGGAAUUUACUUCCUACGAGACAGAAUUAAUGUGAAACCACCCAAGUCAGGCAUGAUAAACUCCUUAGUAAGUUCAAAACGUGCAGCGACAACCAUUAAAACGAUAAAAAAGACAACGGCAACCAAAUUUUUGGUGAAGCGAAAACCAGAAUAUGCUAGCAAGAAAGCGAAACCAAUAAAACACGAUGAUGAGGAAAUCCAGGACGAAGAUUUGUCAUGA